GCUUUGGAGGGGCUCACCAGGACAGGCGAAUAUCAACUGACUGCCUCUCAAUUCUGCUCUCAAUCAAAACCAAAACCACCAACCCGCACAGCACACUCGUGGUUUUUCAUCGAAAUUCGCAACCAUGAAGCUAGACACGAGAGCUAUGCGCUACCUGACAGCGGAGGACUGGAGGGUUCUCACAGCCGUUGAGAUGGGUAGCAAGAACCAUGAGCUCGUUCCAACAACAUUAAUCGAGAAGAUUGCCCGCCUCAAAGGCGGCGCCAGCGGCGUGCACAAGUCCAUCUCGAACCUCGCCAAGGUCGGCCUGAUUGCGCGCAUGAAGGAAGCCAAGUACGAUGGCUACCGGCUCUCGUACGGCGGGCUCGACUAUCUCGCCCUGCACACCCACGCCUCGCGCAAGAACGUCUACAGCGUCGGCAGCCGCAUCGGCGUCGGCAAGGAGAGCGACAUCAUGAUCGUGGCCGACGACAAGGGCACGCAAAAAGUCCUCAAGAUCCACCGUCUCGGGCGCAUCUCAUUCCGCACCGUCAAGACCAACCGCGACUACCUCAAGAACCGCCAGUCCGGCUCGUGGAUGUACCUUUCCCGGCUCGCCGCCAUCAAGGAAUACGCCUUCAUGCAGGCGCUGCGGGAAGAGGGCUUCCCCGUGCCCGAGCCGAUCGCCCAGUCGCGGCACACCAUCCUCAUGACGCUCAUCGACGCGCCCCCGAUGCGGCAGAUCUCGUCGGUCCCCGACCCGGCCGCCCUCUACGCCGAGCUGAUAUCCCUGAUCCUGCGCCUCGCCAAGCACGGCCUCAUCCACGGCGACUUCAACGAAUUCAACAUCCUCAUCCGCGAGGACAAGAUCGAGCCCGAGACCGAAAACGACGACACCGACCCCGACACAGACCCCAACACCAACGAACAACAACAAGAAGACGACGACUCCACCACCCCGUCCACCACCCUAACCCCCAUCCUAAUCGACUUCCCCCAGAUGGUAUCCAUGGACCACCAAAACGCCGAGAUGUACUUCGACCGCGACGUCGAGUGCGUCAAGCGCUUCUUCUCGCGGCGCUUCCACUUCACCAGCACCGAGCCGGGGCCCUUCUUCAAGGACGCCAAGAAGACGGUCGGCCGCGACGGCGUGCGGCGGCUCGACGCCGUCGUCGAGGCGUCCGGCUUCACCAAGAAGAUGGCCAAGGACCUGGAGGCCGCCCUCCGGGAGCAGCAAGCCAACGCCAAGAAUGAGGCCAGCGACUCGGAUGACGCGGAGGAUGAGUCUGAGGAAGAGGAGGAGGACGAGGACGAGGAUGCGGAUGAGGGGCAUCAAGUCAUCGGGGAUCAAAUUGUAACAGCUGGAGAAGGGUUAGAGAAACUAGCAAUCAAUGAUGGGACAUGAAUAAACAUCAUUGUCAAUGAUACCUGUCUCUUGACG